UAUGGAACUUGUUUACUGAUAUCGAUAAUUAAAUUUUUUAAUGGGCACCUAUUGGUCCUGUUGAGUAUUGAUUUACUCUGUUAUUUUCUCACCCAAUAUGUUAUAUUUUGAAUUAUUUCGUUAUUUAUUAAUUAUUACUUGAUUACCUAAAUCAAUAAUUACUUUAUAUUUUUUUUUAUCUCAGUAUAUGAGUCUAAUUUGUAACUUAUGGUACACAUUUUUAAUGAUUUACCGCACAAAGACAUGGCUGAAAAACUUCAGAAAGCUUUGAACUAUCUACUAAUAGAAAAUUAUACAAUACAAGACAAAACGUUGCUAGAAAAAUUGUUAACAUGCUUAUACAAUGAAGGUAAAUGGCUUAAACAAAUGUUUUUGUUUAGUUCUUUAUUAUGUACUUACCAAAUUUGCAGAUAUUCUGUUGAAAACAAUACCAAUCGAAAACCAUUUGAAAUGGUUUACCAGUGUUUUAAAUGUUUAUAAGCAGCAAACACCAAUAACAAAAAACUGGGCUAUACAUUUAUAUGCUUUUGCUUUAAAAUACCUCUCCAUAUUGGUUAAAUCAAAUGAUGGAUUAGUUGCAUUAAUUGAAACACAGACUCUUCAAUCAAUGAUUAAUCAACUCGACGUUGCUACUAAUUUUAAAGAGUCUUCAGUUUUCAAUGCUUACAUAUUAUUGUUACAAACAUUAAAUACUCACAUACAAGGCAUUGAGUAUGUUUUCCAAGAAGGUAAUUAUUUUAAGUUUAGGUUUGAUUUUAUUAUAUAAAUUACAUUUUGUUUCAAGUAUUUCUAUUUAUUUAUUUAAUAGAUACCCGGUUUAGUACAUUUCACUCUUCAGUAUAUUUUCACAUUUUCUUUGCGCUUCAAAAUAAAUUAAUAUUUAUUAUAAUUUUUUAUUUAGUAACAUUUUAUUAUAAAUCCUAGGUACAUUAUAUUAUAAAUUAUAAAUCUUUUAUAGUGUGUAACGCUGCACAUGAGUCACAAAAUUUGUUUUAUGAGCAUAACGUACACAUUUAUUAUAGAACAUAUAGCACAAUAUUUCUUAGGAAACAUCUUUAAUAAAUAAUUAUUUUUUUAGGUCUAUGGAAAAAUAUACUUUUUGCUAUAAAUGGAUUAAUUAUACCAGCAAAGUAUGUUGAAAUUCAAUCCAGUCAAUACAUUGCCGACUUAAUUUAUAAAUCAUUUGAGCAUGGAAUGGCACAUUAUUGCGAACCUCUUUUCAAAGAUCUGUUCUUGAAAUUGAACUCAAUUGAUAAUCUUAUUGGUAGUUACCAAGUAAAUGAUUUUUCAGCAUAUAAUGUUUAUAUAAAAACAUUAAUAUUAUCAUUGGAAAAGUUUGUUGGAACUAAAUAUGAAUCUGAUGUAUGUCUUUAUAUAAUUGAAAAAUACUCUCUAUCUGAUGUAUUAGUGAAUAUUCAAAAGCUCUCAAAUGUCAACCCAAUGUUAUUAAAAAAUUAUAUGACAUUGCAUUUGUUGUUUGACACUUUUACUACUUGGCAUCAUUCUGACAUGGAAUUUAUAUUAAAAUUGAUUGGUUCUCGGCUUAGUAUGGUAAAAGAUACACGAUCAUAUAAACAAAUGAAUUAUUUAUGUGUACAAGCAAUUAGAUAUGCAAACAUCACUAAUACACAAUUGUCUGGUAAUAUACAAUUUGAAAAGGAAUUAAUCAUUGCUCAGGUAAAAAUAAAUUUGUAUAUAUUAUUCUGUUAAAUAAAUUAAUAUUUUAAUAUUAUUUUAUUUGUAUGUUUAGAUUAUACCUUUAAAGAAAUAUUCAGAAUGGCUUAAGUGUAAACAAAAUGACAAUGAGGAAUUCAUAUUUGAUGAAAAUAGCGGUGUUAUAGAAUCAAAAUUAAUAUAUAAUUGUUUUAAUAGUUCUGAUUCAAUGAUGAAUGAAGUGGCUGUUUCUUCUAUACUUAACAUCAUAGACAUUGUUCCUAUACUUAAACAGGUUAGUUGGAUUUAUUUUGUUCCUUAUAUUGUAAUAAAACUUUCCAUGAUCAUAUUUGUAGAUUAAUCAUUUGAAGGUUAGAAUAAAUAAAUAAAUUAGUGAUUUUUUUUUUAAAUUUCAAUAAUUAUAGACAACUUUUAAAUUGAUUUUGCUUAAUUUGUAAACUAAACAUACACUUGUAAUUUAAAUAUUAAAAACAAUAUUUCUGUAUGUUUGUCAACUUGGGAACAAUUAGAGCCUAUCUAAUUUUAACCUACUUGUGGUUUUUCAAUUUUUUUUUUCUAAUUUAUAUUUUAAAUCUCAAUUAAUGCUUUAGGAUACUAUACUUCUUGCAGCAAUAUUAAGUUAGAAAUGUAAAGUUUUAUAAAUCCAAUACGAACUUAUAGAUGUCGCGAAAGCUGUCUUGUGUAAUGAGAGUUAGUUUUACAUUUAGUACACUAUCCUUGGAGCAGUAUUAAGUUUGAAUCUGUAGGCAGUAUGUUGCUAGAUGAAUUCCCCCCUCUCUUUUAAAGUGGUCUGUGCAACAGGACUGCACUCAAGAUUGUUUGUAAUGCAUAUUUUGUAAAGGAACAUACAACAGUCUUUAAAUUGCUAUAACUUAUAUGUAAUAAAAUAAUAGUUUCUGAUUGCACCAUUGUCUUUAGCGUUGAAAAACACAUAUUUUAAUUUGUUUAAAUAUUAAAUUGUUACUAAGAAAUGCGCGUAGUAGAAAACCUGAACUUUUUGAAGUUUUCCUCUUCAACUUCCAAAUGAAGUUUGUCAGACUUUUUUACACAUUUUUAAUGUAUAAGUGAAACUAUAUAUUUUGAAGAAAAAAAAAUUGCCAGUAAAUUAAAAUUAUACCUUAACUUGAUUCAUUAUUUUAAGAUGGUUUUGUGUUUUAUUUUUGAAAUAAUUUGUUUAUUUUGUUUAAAGGAAUCAUUGGAUUAUUUGAUAAUUUUUAUGUCAAAAUUAACAAAUCAAUAUUUACAUCCUAACAAUUGGAAAACUCAAACACUGGAACAAGGUUUAACUUAUUACAAAGUUCUAGAAAUAUUACGAUACGUGUUUAUAUGUUGGGCUAAAUUACUUGAAUAUAAAUUGUGUAUUGACAAUAUUGUACAAAAUAAUUUGUUGAUACCACUUAUACAAAACCAUAGUCAUUUUUUAAUCAAAAUCGGGUCCGAUUCUACUCUUCUACAGGUAAAUAAAUCAAAUAGUGUAUACAUAUUAAUAUUAUUUAUAUGUCACAUAAAUUAUUAUUACCUAUUAUGAUAGGUAAUAAUGUGUAAUGAUAUAAUUUAAAUUUAUUUGCUAAUAUAUUCACUCAAAAAAAAAAAAAAUGCCAGCACUGUAGAUAAAGGGAUUGUAACCCUAACUAUUGUAGUAUAUACUAUUUACAAAACUAGAUUGUAUUAUUUGUAUUAUAUUUGAUGUAUAUGGGUUUAUAUUAUAGAAUGGGUUGCAGUUAAUUAGUACUGCAUUAAAAAAAAGGAUUUAUGAAAAUGCUCAUUGUACAGACUAUAUAGCAGCUUUUGACAAACUAUGUAGUACAUUCCAGAAUUUUCUAUUGGAUACUAGACCAGAAAUUCGAGAUAGCUCUUUGCAGUGUAUUUCUAGUGUAAUAAUUGGUGCUAACUACAAAUCUGGCGAGUGAAAUGAUCAAAUAAAUAUGACUAACAAUAAUAUUAUUAACAGUUAAGUUGUUAUUUUGAAUUCAUGUAAUAAUUAUAUUAACUUUUUUUAAACAGGAAAUUUUUUCAUAAACCUAAUGAUAGAAAAAAACUUGCCAAUAGAUGUUUUAAAUACACUUAAACAUGAUAACGAUCCAUUUGUUAGAGCAAUGGCCGUUGAAUGUUUAGAAAAAAUGGUAUCUAUUUCAGAUAUUUGGGAAACUUCAUUAAAAGAGUCUGAUUUAAUAGUAUGUAGUAUUUAUUAAAGCUGUGGUUUUCAACCUGUUCCUAGGGGCGCCGUUGUUUAUUAUCAAGAGAGCCACGUCUAUAGUAAAUAUAGUAGAGUAUUACAGUAAAUUUAUUUACUUAAAUUUUCAUUAUUAUCAUUAUUAUUAAGGGAACUGCUAAUUUGGUUUUCAAAAUCAGACGAACCAUGAAUCCAAAAAGGUUGAAAACCACUGUUUCAAGGUAUAUUAAAUUUAAAAAUAUGAUAAAAUAAUAUUUUUUUAUCUAAUUUAGAAUCAUUGUUUAUUUUUAAUGCAAUAUGAACAUGAAGGAAUUAUUCGACGACAAAUAGUUAAACUUCUUACUGCGAUAUUCAAUUCCAAUGAGCUCUCGUAUGUAUACAAAAAUAAAACCAAUUUAUUAACAUAAUAAUACAAAGUGUCCUACAGUGGUAUUCUUAUACUAAUAACUGCAAUAUUCAUUUUUUUUUUUUUUCAAUUGGAUUAAAAUGUAAUUUUUAUUUUCAUUAUUUAAUCACUGAAAAAACAACUAUUUAUUUUUCUAAAUUUUAAAUUUUCAAAAUAGCCAUUUUGUAAAAUAUAUUAUUCUAAAAAUGUUAAGGUACAGGUAACCUAACUUGACCAAUACCUACUAAAAUGUAUACCUGAUUAAUAGUUUCUUAAUUAUAGCGGCUGUAAUGUAGGUAUUGAAAAUAAUUAAUAUUCAAUAGAAGAUAAGGAUUGCCAUACUGAUUUUGACUCCUUAUCAUAUAACGUGUUAGUUUAUUGAAAAUUGUUUUCAUACCAAUUUUCUAGAAAUUAAAACUGCUAAUACUAAAAAACUAUUGAUCAGAUAUAAAUUUAUGAUACAUUCAAAUGUUUAAAAUAAUAUCUUUUUCAAAAUGGCUAUUUUGAAAAUUUUUAAAAGUUAUAAAAUAAAAAGUUAUUUUUUUUCAACGAAAAAAAGAUGAAAAUAAAAAUUUAACUUUUCUCUACAUUUGUGUCCCCUUGACAUAGAACGUGACUGAAAAAAAAAUGAAUAUUAACAAAGUUAUUAGCAUUCAGAUAACACAGUAGAACGCUCUGUAUGUAGAAUUAAUACUUGAAAUUAUAUUUAUGUAUACAUUUUUAGUAAGACACUAUUCAAUCAAAUUUGUGUUUUAAUGGUUCACAUUAGUGUUAAUGAUCCGCUUUGGGAAGUAAAAAUAUUUGCCUAUGAAUUUUGGGACUUGGUUAUUAAAAAAUUAGUUAUAAAAAAAUCUUGUAUACAUAACGGAACUAAGACACUGAACUAUAGUCUUAUUGAAUUAAGUACAACCGGUUGUUUGCAUGUAAGUUGAUUAAUUAAAUAUGUAUCUCUAAUAAGUGUUUAUAUUAUUGUUAUGUAAAUUAUUAAAUAAUUAAAUUUAGGUACUUUAUGUUGCAUUAAAAGAAGAACAUGAUUUAGCUGUUCAAAAAAAAGCUAUUUACAUAACUAAAGAAUUGCUGUCUUAUAUAAGUUCUACUAAUAUGUAUAGAAGUAUGUCAGACUUGAAUAUGGAAGUAGGAAUUGAAUCAGAAAAUUGUGUAAAUAAUAUUAAUGAAAAUGAAGAUGAUUCUGAAACUAAUUCUGAGAUAAAAAAAUCUAGACAAAUUGAUUCAACGACUCGAGUUUUAAACACACUUUCUGUAACAAGUGACUGUGAAUUAUUAUGCAGCCUCAAGAAUGCCAACAGGAGUAAUAUUUAUCCAGAUGAUGUCAGUCUUGUUGAGAAAUCCGCUGUCUAUAUAUCAGUUGAUGAUUUUUUGUCAUACACAGAUUCAUACAAUUUUAACGAUUGUUGUGCUAAAACUGAAUGGGUUAUAUCUACAAGAUCUGGUUUAGAUUCAAUGUUGAGUGAUAUUAUAGGCUAUUCAACAAAUUCUUUUGUUGAAGGAGCCGAUCUUUUAGAUUGCUAUUAAUAUUAUAAAAUGUGUUAAUAAUAAUAAAAUUAUGUUCACCUAUGUGUAUCCAAUUUUAUGCAUAGAUUUAAAUUUCACUAGGAUAUUGAUUUAUACUUUAUUUACUAAAUUAUAAUUAUCAUCUAAGAGUUACCCACAACAUAUAUUUUCAUUUACUUACAUGAUAUUUAUUUAAAUUGUAAUUUUGUUUUAUAUUAUGAGAUAACAAUUUAUUUUGACUAGUUAAAAAAUAAUACAUUUUUAAGCCAGAUUUACACUUGUCAGACCCGUACUGACAGACACCGUACCGUAGCUUUCCAACACAGACAUACUGUACUCACACUUUCGAUCCAACAUCGUUUUGUUUUGAAUAAUUUUACCUCGUACCAUUUGAAAUAUGUUUAAACAAUUUACAAACUGUGAUUUGGCAAUGAUUGCUAUUAUUCUAGUAAUAAUAAUAACAACAUUUAGUUAAUAUUACCAGGCAUGCCUAUAGAUUUUGAAACUUCAUUCCAGCAAGAUUCUUUAUACACAUGAUCACUAUAUUUUUUGUGACUAUGCAUAGAGUCAUUCUCGUCAUUCUCGUCAAUUUAAAUAAAUAUUAAAAAAAUAUGAUGGUGUUUACCGAAUGGUGUGCCAGCAAAUGACAGCAGACGGAUAAAAUUUGUCUGUUGUUCAUUCACUUAUCAGUCAGACGUGUUCCGACCCGUUCAGACACUGGCCGUUCCGACAAAACAUUCUCGCGCGGAAUGUCAAAUGAAAUGUCGGAUUGGUACGUGUAUGAACUGAACGGAAUGUUCAAAUGUGAAUUACCUAUAUUUAAACACAUAAUAAAAUAAUUUGCUGAACGGUACGGUGUCUGAUAAGUGUGAAUUGGGCUUUAUAAAUACUAAUAUUUAAUAUACAAUUAUUAUAGAUUUAAUCAGGGCAGAUUAACCUAACCUUUAAGCAUACAAAUUUAUUUUACUUAAAGUGUCUUCAAACUCCACAAUUUAAAUUACUACCAAUCAAUGUCUUAGAUAUGUGCACAAAAAACUAACCUCUAGAUCAGUGGUUCCCAACCUGAGGUUACCUUCAGGGGUAAAGACCACUGUUCUAGAAAGUUUCCUAAACAACCUUAUCCCGACCCAAUUGAGUAAACAUGUAGAUAUUAGAUUCAUUAUUCUAAUCCCCUGUAACAUAGGCCAGGGUCUGUAACUCCUCAAGUCUUAAGCAAGACUCCCUUAAGAACAGUAACAAUAAAUAAAUAGCUGCAAACAACUUAGUAUUGAAUAAAUUACUGUCGCAAUGUUAAAAUUUCUCUAUCAACUUAUGUUUUCUAAUCAUUAAAUUAAGC